ACAACGAACUCAAAUUCCCCAUUGAAGAAAGAGAAAGAAGAGAGAGAAAGAGCAAAAAUGGCGAGAGAUAGCUGCCUGGCGCGUGUGACGGCGGGGGUGGCCGUCGGUGGUGCAAUUGGUGGCGCUGUUGGUGCUGUUUAUGGGACAUAUGAGGCUGUUAGAUACAAGGUUCCUGGCUUAAUGAAAAUUAGAUACAUUGGACAAACUACUCUGGGAAGUGCUGCCAUUUUUGGUCUCUUCUUGGGAGCUGGAAGCUUGAUACACUGUGGAAAGUCAUACUAAGCUUUUCUUUUAGUGCUGACUAAAGCUCUUCUUGUCUCAAGAGUAUAGAACAAUAUCAAAAGAAUGCGCCAUGUACUUCCAAUUUGAUUUUUGUUUACAAAUUUUCCGUUUCAAACAGUCUUCUCUUAGCUUUUAGCUCCAUCUAGUGGUGGAGCCUUGCGCGCGGUGAAUUUGGAUUAGUCCAGCGAUGGUUAAAAAAACGAAAAAGUUUUAUAGGCAUCGAGUUGUAUGUCACAGUGCAAAAGCUCUUGAUUGACAAAUAUGACUUGAAUGACAUUCUUGAUA